AUGGACGGACUGCUCGCUGAAGUCGCUGCAAAGCGCAAGGCUAUCUCGGACGACCAACUAAACCCUAAGCCCUCAAAGUAUAUGCGGAGGGGAGAGCUUGAGCGUUUGCGCGAAGAGCAGGAAAGGAAAGAAAAGGCCGAGAAAGAAGCCGAAAUCACAGCAGAGAAACAACGGAAAGAGGAAUUAGUUCGAAAAGCAAGUAAAGCCCCUUCAAGGCCAGCUUCCUAUUCUCCACAUCCAGAAAUACGCGAAGGAGCAUCCCUAAUACCAGAAUCGUCGUUCAACAUCUCGAAUGAAGAGACUAUACGCCGUCUUCGCUCAAAGGGUCAACCUAUCAGGCUGUUUGCAGAGUCAGACAAGGACCGCAGACUACGACUUCGUGCGCUCGAGCUGAUUGAAGAGAAGGGUCAUGAUAAACAAGCGGGACAGAAUGAUUUCAAAAAAGCCUUGGAAGACGUUGAGAGCGUUGAACGGGAGCUGAAGAACAAAAACAGUAAAGGGAAGAAGAAGGGCGAGGUAGAACUGGCAGGGGAAGGCGUCCUCGAUUUGUCUCUUGUCAAAACAGACCCAGACAAGCUUUACCCCAUCAUUUACUAUGCUUUAAAACGUGUGCUCAACGAAUGGGGCGAGGCAAUGGACGAAAGACCCGAGCACGUUAAACGUACCACUCAAGGAAAGCUCGCCGCAGCUACUCAAGUGCAAUCGGCUGAGUAUUUGAAGCCGUUGUUCAAAACGCUACGUUCACGGUCCUUACCCCCUGACAUGUUGGCUCGCAUGUCUGAAAUCGUUCAUUACAUGCAGAAACGACAGUAUCAAAAAGCUAAUGAUUCCUAUCUUCGACUGUCUAUCGGAAAUGCACCUUGGCCGAUUGGAGUUACCAUGGUUGGGAUUCACGAACGUUCAGCUCGAGAGAAAAUUUCUUCAGAUCAGGUUGCACACGUGCUCAACGACGAAGUUAGUCGGAAAUAUAUCCAAAGUUUGAAGAGAUUGCUUACAUUCUCUCAAACAAAGUAUCCCCCAGAAGAUGUUUCUCAACUGAUGGGUUAA